AAUGAGCUGAGCCCAGCCAACCCGUCAGUACCGCGUCGAGCGUCGAGCGAGGCAGACGUGUAGCGUGUUGUAGUAUUUUCCGAGUGGUCCGAUAUAGUGGACGGUGGUGGUGAAGUGGAGUGUUGUGUUAUGUGUGUGAAUGUGUAAAACGGGGAGAAAGCCGGCACUGCGCGAGGCCAGCGUCGCGUGAUGGCGCAUGGAGUGCGCAUGGAGCUGGUGGGCGACGCUGGUGCUGGCGUCCCUGGUCGCGGCGGGGCCUCGCUACAGCUCGCGCAUCGUGCACACUCACGCAGGCGCCAUCCGCGGCAUCAUUGUGGAGCCUGCCUCCCGGCGCCUGGAGCCCGUGGAGGUGUUCCGCGGGGUGCCAUACGCGGGGGCGCCACUACGGAUGGCUCCCCCACCGCCGGCGCCCGCCUGGCCCGGCACCCGGCUCGCCGACGCCUUCGCGCCCGUCUGCCCGCAGCGCGCGCCCGACAUAUCCAACAAGACCGCAGCAUUGUCAAAGAUGCCGCUAGGCACAUACAACGAGCUGAAGGCCACGCUGCCGCUGCUAGCCAAUCAGAGCGAAGACUGCCUUUACCUCAACAUCUAUGUGCCCGGUAGCGGCGCGCGUGGCGUGGAGGCGCCAUACGCGGUGGUGGUGUGGGUCGGAGCCCCGUCCCACGAGUGGGGCUCGCCCAACACGCUGGACGGGUCUGUACUGGCCGCGCGGGCGCAUCUACUCGUCGUAACUGUCAACUAUAGGAUAGGGCUAUUAGGUUAUUUAACUACGGGGGCUUCAGACGGGGUCCACCAAGCGGGCGGUGCGGCAUUGCUUGACGUUGCGGCAGCGUUGCAAUGGAUCCGGCGGAACGUUGCGGCGUUCGGUGGGGACGCAAAGAGGGUCACGUUAGCUGGACACUCGGCGGGUGCUGCGUUGGCUAAUGCAUUGCUUAUGUUACCAGACUCUAAGGGGUUAAUAUCCCGAGUGCUGCUACUGAGUGGUUCAGCGUUAAGUCCAGCAGCGCUGGCUCCUGACGCAUCACUAGCCAGAGAACACACAGCGCAAGCGCUGAGAUGUGUUCCUGAGGAGUCUUCUACAGAACACUGGUUGGUAACAUGCAUCCGCGCCCGUCCCCUCGCCGCGCUGCUCGCAGUCGAGGCCCCCCGCGCCCGCUUCCUCGCUGGCUGGGCCCCCUCAGUCCCCUCCAAAGACAGCAACCAGGCCCCCACAAGGGCCCUCCAUGCUAGUGAUGCAUUCUUGGACUGCGCGCUGGCGGUGGUGGUAUCUACAACGGAGAGUUAUCAGUUUUUUAGUGAAGAUGAUAUUAGACAUGGAUUUGAGGAGGAUCAUAGGAACCGAAUCCUCCGCACCUACGUCCGCAACGUCUACCGCUACCAUCGCAACGAGAUCUUCGCCGCCAUCCGCAAUGAAUACACUGACUGGGAGAAGCCUAUACAGCACCCCAUCAAUAUUAGAGACGCCACGUUGGAAUCUCUAAGCGACGCCGCAGUUGCUGCUCCGGCGUUAAGGGUAGCGCAGUUGCACGCAAGAAGAGGGGCAAGGACAUUCUUCGCGCAUUUCACGCAUCAGAGCAAAGAUGCUGAUUAUCCUCAGCGCCUCGGCAGCACAAGCAGCGAAACCCUCCCCUACUUCCUCGGUCUCCCCCUCGUCGGGGGGAUGCCAUAUUCCCCCCGAAACUACUCCCGAGGAGAUGUUGGAGUAUCAGAGUCUGCUGUGGCCCUGCUUGCUGCGUUCGCGAAGACUGGUGAUCCGACACCAAGCGAACAUCAUGAGGGGGCAGUGUCCUGGCCGAGAUAUGAGCUGAAUUCGCAACAGUAUUUGAGUAUAAGUUCCAAACUUCGUGUAAAGAGCCACUACAGAGGCCACAAGAUGGCGCUUUGGCUUCAUCUUAUCCCGCAGCUGCACAGGCCGGGUGCGGCGCCAAGACAUCAUCAGUUCCGCUCCAUACAUCCUGAUAUGUUUGCAGGUGAAAUCUUCCCCGAACUUUACACAACAGCAGCCCUAGACGACGAAGAUAGCACAGAGGCCGAAGAGACUUCAGAGGCCGAAUGCGAGCCCUCACCCUCGCCGAGGCCGGCGCUGUCACUACCUUCACCGCAACCCACGCCGAAAGAAGACUCGUUAACUAACAUGGACACGCAUUACUAUAGUUACACAGUGGCGCUCGGUGUGACAGUCGGCGCCGGUUGUUUCCUCCUCGCCUUGAACGUACUUGUGUUCGCGGGAAUCUACUUACAGAGAGGCCGACGGAGAGCCACAAGGAGGCCGAGGAGAGAAGGAAGCUGCAGCAGUCGCGCCGCCACGGGGUCCCUCAACAGCGACCCCAGCGCUCCGUCCCCGAGGAAAAGCACCCUCAAGCGCAGCAGCGAAACCGAACUGAAGGAGCGUCCGAGCACCGCGCCGGCAAAAAAACGCGUCCAAAUCCAGGAGAUCUCAGUCUAGAAGAAUUCUAGAAAGAUCCAGAAUGAUCCAGAGGGCCCCUGGAGAGCCCGGCUACCAUACUGACAAAAAUAGCAUCCAAAUCCCGGAGAUCUCAGACUAAAAGACUUACUAGAAGGAUACGGAAGGAUUUAAGAAGAUCCCUGUAGAAUCUCUGCAGGAUCCGAGCGCCACGCUGGCAAAAAUGCAUCCAAAUCCAGGAGAUCUUAGUCUAGAAGAAUCCAGAAGGUACCUCGAGGGUGCAAGCGCCGUGCCACCAUAAACUCCAGGAGAUUUCAAACCAGAAGACUUUUAGAACGAUUCCAAAUUUUGAAGUCAAGUGACUAGUUAGGCUUUAAAGACAUUUGUGGACAAUUUUUAAAAGUGAGAAGUUAAAUCUAAAGGAAUAUAGAAAUACGUGCACAUUAAGAAAUCAUAGUGUAACUCUCUGUGUGUGUGAAGAUGCGAUACUGACAUUUAAUGGACUAAAACUAAAUUAGAUGAAUAACAUAGA